CCUCUAGCCCAGCACAAACUCUACAUUCCUCCAUCUCUCUUCUCUCUUCUCUGUGUCUGUAUCUGUAUUCUCUAAUCUUUUAUUUUAAAUUCAUACAUACAGAUGUAUAAUACAAGUCCUCUACUUCUCACUAGUACCGCAAUCCAUAUUUAGCACAGUAGAGAUUCCCAGUUUUCUAAUCCCAAUCCCUAAAACCCUAUUCAAGGAAUCCCAUCUUCUUAAUCCAUAAAUAUUCCAUUUCAUAUUUCCAGAACUGGGUUUUGGCUAAUUGAUGAUCCUCUGUGGUGGGUUUUCUGGAAGAACCUUAAAAGCAUGAAUCCUUAGUCUGUACUCCCUAUUACAAAAUUUCAGAACAUGGGUUUUGUUCAGUCCCAGUUUUCCACAUAUGGGGUUUGAAUCCUUUGAUCCAUAUUGGAAGCUCAUGCACUUUGAGCUUUAAUUCAUGCGUCCAUGUCAAUCUGCUGUGGGAUUCCUAUCCUUGAGUCUGUAUACUGUCUGGCAUGUGCCCGCUGGGUGUGGCUGAAAUGCCUCUACACUGCAGGGCGGGAAAGUGAAAACUGGGGUCUGGCUACUGCAGAAGAAUUUGAGCCUAUCCCUCGUUUUUGUCGCCUAAUUCUAGCCGUCUAUGAGGAAGAUCUUCGUAAUCCUCUUUGGGCACCCCCCGGAGGUUAUGGCCUUAAUCCUGAUUGGGUUAUCUUACGGAAAGACUAUGAAGAAACCCUUGGCCGCGUUCCUCCGUACUUUAUAUAUCUUGAUCACGAUCAUUCUGAUAUAGUCUUAGCAGUUAGGGGACUCAAUUUAGCUAAGGAAAAUGAUUAUGCAGUUAUGCUCGACAACAAACUUGGGCAGACAAAAUUUGACGGUGGGUAUGUCCACAAUGGGCUGUUGAAGGCAGCAGAGUGGUUGUUUGAUACAGAGCGUGAAAUAUUGAGGGAAUUGGUAAUGAAACAUCCGAAUUAUACCGUGACAUUUACUGGACAUUCCCUUGGGGCUGGUGUGGUGGCAUUGAUGACGCUAGUGGUGCUUCAGAAUCUGAGUAAAUUAGGAACUGAGAGGAAGAAGAUUAGAUGCUAUGCUACGGCUCCUGCUAGAUGCAUGUCACUGAAUCUGGCUGUGAGGUAUGCAGAUGUUAUCAACUCUGUUGUACUUCAGGAUGAUUUCUUACCUCGGAUAACAACUGCUUUGGAUAACUUGUUCAAAUCACUUUUCUGUUUGCCAUGUUUUCUUUGCACAAUGUGCUUGAAGGAGACAUGCACACUGGAACAGAAGAUGCUUACUGAUCCAAAGAGAUUAUAUGCACCUGGCCGUCUCUAUCACAUUGUUGAACGAAAGCCCUUCAGAUUUGAAAGGUUUCCGCCAGUGGUGAAAACAGCGGUUCCUGUGGAUGGGCGGUUUGAGCACAUAGUUCUUUCUUGCAAUGUUACUUCUGACCAUGCCAUAAUUUGGAUAGAGAGAGAAGCACAAAAGGCUUUUGAUUUAAUGGUUGAGAACGACAGAAUUAUGGAAGUUCCGGCAAAGCAGAGGAUGGAGCGACAAGUUUCCCUUGUUCGUGAACACAGCCAGGAGCACAAGGCAGCUCUUCGGAGAGCUGUAGCUUUGAAUAUCCCACAUGCCUACUCUGAUUCGCAGUAUGGCACGUUUGCAUUCAUUGAAACUUUAGAGGGGGAGAAUUCUGGAGGAUUGAGUGGGGGAACUCCUUGUAAGGCAUCAUUCAAGAAAAGGAGGGAAAGCUGGGAUAAUUUCGUCGAGCGGCUUUUCGAUGUUGAUGAGUCCGGUGACAUGGUGUUCAAGAAGUAAUAACCACGCCGAGAAAAGUAAUUCUUUGAUUCUUGUGAAGCAUCCUCCAUUGGGAAGUUCAUGAUUGUGUUUAGAUUGAUGUUGGUGAGAGGGAAUGAGAGGCAGUACAUGAAAGUGAAGCUGUGCAUAAAACGUUGCGCUGCCAUGUCAUCGCUGAUCGUAUAAAAACCUCAAUGAUUAUAUUGAAGUCAUCUGUGCUCAA